CGUGUCACGCCGAUAUGCCUCCCCCAGCCUGAUUUAAAAAUCCCUCCAUGGACCAACUGUGCUGUUGCUGGCUGGGGAAAAACAAAAGAAAGGGGGCGUCUUUCUACAGUCCUGAGAGAAGUCCACCUUGGGUUGGUAGAACAAGCCAAGUGUAAAUACACGCUAAGGACGAUCAUAAGCUCAUUUGCAAAACAGAAACAAAGAUUGUCCAAUGCAGGUAUGACAGUUCUUUGUGCUGGACCAGAAGAAGGAGGAAGAGACGCCUGCCAGGGAGACUCCGGGGGUCCUCUGGUAUGUCCUACAGGGUCAGGAAAUGGUAACUGGGUUGCACUGGGAAUAACCUCCUGGGGUAAAGGCUGUGGAAGGAGCUGGGGACGUAACAGCCGCCGGACUCCAUCAAAGAGAGGAUCUCCUGGGAUUUUCACUGAUGUCAGGAUGCUGCUACCCUGGAUCAAGCAGAAGCUGAGGCAGGCUGAGCAGCAGCAGCAAAACACAUCGGGACUUUGCAGCGUAAGAGAUGGGCUGCUCUCUGAAAACCAAGGUUGGAUCAGGAACCCCAGUCUUCCUAACACCCACUAUGAUAAUAACCAGUUGUGUUUGUGGAGCAUCAUUGUUCCUCCAGGUUACAGUAUUCUCCUGGAGUUUGAGCAUUUUGAUGUGGAAAAUGACUCUUCUUGUCUGUAUGACCGGCUCACAGUCUCAGGAUCAACCCACAGGCCUGUUGCAAUACUCUGCGGUCAGUUAUUACCAGGCCCAGUGCUUCUACAGAAUUCCCAGAAUGCAAUGCUGCUUUUCUCCUCUGACAUUAACAGAACAGGGCAAGGCUUUGCAAUCAGGCAUCGAGGCGUCAAGGGACACUUUCCUCCAGCAUGUGGGAUCCUUGUUCUGGUUGAGGAUCAGGUUUCAAUCCAUACUCCAAAUUACCCACAAUCCUAUGGUGAUAACUGUACGCUCCGCUGGGUCAUCUACGCUCCUCCUGGACAGAUAGUUAAGCUGGACUUUGCUGAUUUUGACCUCGAGGAAUCAGAGAGAUGUUUGUAUGAUUCACUGACAGUUCUAGGAGACAUUGAAGGACACCAAGAGAUUGCUGUGUUGUGUGGUGGUAGCGUCCCUCCUGCAGUCCUUUCCUUCUCCAGCGUCAUGCUGCUUCAUUUCACCUCAGACAGCAGCAUCCCUCACAGGGGCUUCAGGGCAGCACUGACAUUCAUCAGGAUCGAAGUCUCCCUCCUCCGGCUGAGGACGGGCGGCUCAUGGUUCUCUACUGAGGUCCGGUCCAGUCAGCGGCCCAGGAGAGGACACUUCAUACCCCCCCUCCAUUGGGCCAGCGAGCCAGUGGGCUGGGUGAACUCUCACCACACCCAGUACCUCAGAGACCGUGAUUUUAGCUUCUCCUCCUGCUAA